AUGAAGACUGUUAUCCGCGCAGCAGGCCUUAUCAUCGGCGCUUCGGCCGCCGUUGUUCCAAAAGAUGAUUGUUGCUUCCAAUUGACGGCCUCUGGAGACGCCAAAGGAACGAUUGGCCAGCUCGGCGAUGGCCAGAACCGCAUUGGCGGUGGAUACCCCCCAGCAACGUACUGCAUCAACAACGGCGGCAUCACAGACAAGAACGGUCGUGGCUGCAUUCUGACUCCACCUACAACUCAAUUCCAGUGUGACGUUGGAGCGACCCCAACUUACGGAUUCUCCAUCGGCAUGGGUGGUCAGGUYGAGUACAAAGGCAGCAAACAGUUCUAUGCAUGCCCUGCUACGGACAAUGGCGAAUACAACCUCUACACAACCCCUGCUCCUGGCCAGGCUAAGUGUGUGAAGGUCACUCUCAGCACUGGUGGGCAAUGUACUAGCGGCGGUGCCCCCAAACCCUCUGUUCCAGCAGAGAUGCCGAAACCCAAGAACACCCAGCCCGCACAACCUCCGAAGCCAUCAGGCACCAAGCCAUCUCCAUCUGAGGGCGGCUGCCCAACYGCUUUGACCGGUGCUUACCAGACGCCGCAUCUCAUUGUACCAGUAUCCUCCAAGCAGCCUGAUACCGCCUACGGUACCCAAUACAACGCCACCAUCAGCCCCGAGAAGUGCACCAUCUUCAACUUUGAUAUACCAAGCUCCUACUCUGGCAAGAAAUGCAGCGCCGUAUUCCUUUUCCCCGAGCAGUCACAACUUCAGACUUCUGCAUACACAUUCUCCGGCUCUGGCGAGCUCGUGUUCUCCGAGCUCAGCAAGCCAGCUGACCAGAAGACCACCUUCAACAACGUCCCGAGCAAGAAGGGUGACCUCGCAUCGAUCGCAAUCAAGCCAGGUAACAGCUACACUGUUUCCUCUGGAUCUUGUGCCGCUGGAACGACGCAGAGCAUUGAAGUGUGCUCUGCGAAGGGACUGAGCCUCGAGUUCUUCGAGGACUACAACCCAUCGCCUCUUGGUCUGUAUAUUACCUCUUGCUAG